AUGGCAUACCUGACUCCGCCAUCCAGCAAGCGGAAGAAUCGAAGCGUCUUCAACAAGCACAGACAGCCAAUCUACUAUGAAGACCUCUAUGGCGAGAUGAACAAAGACGAGGAGUUCGACCGCUAUCCGGACAAGUGUGAGACGGAGAGUGAGAGUGAGCGUGACUUUGAGACCGAUGAGAGUCCUCUGCAGCGGAAGUCAUCCCAGCGUCCGUCUAGGAGCCUCAAGCGGAAGCGUGGCGAGCAAGACACCGGUCAAGACUCCAACGACGGCUUGCUCGUCUCGGAGGACGAGGAUAACGGUACACAGUACAAGAUCGCUCCAAAACUCAACUCAAAGCGAUCAAUUCCUGUUCCUCCAAUGACGCCAAAGAAGUUCGGCAUGUUUGGUAGCAAGGAUCACACCAAGAAAGCACAGAAGGCAACUUUGCCAGACAACGAGAAGGCUCAGCCAGAAGAGCCGUCACCGAAGAAGGCCAACACCCGCGAGCGUACAGGUCGUAUCAAGCGUUCAGCAUCGCGACAGUUGCUGAAGCAGCAGCUUGCGGACCUCGACAAAUCCAAGAAGGAAGCCCGUCGUACUGAGAGAGCUCGGCAAAAGGCUGCGAAAGCGAGUAAAGGAGCUGUGAAGGUGAAGAAGAUGCGUGUGAAAGGCGGCUCAAGACUGAAGCAAGCCGGCGGCAUGUCCAAGUCGCUCUUAGUCUACAUUGACAACGACGACAUCGAUCGCGAGGAGUAUGAGCGUUUCGACGAUUGA